AUGACUUGUGACUUCGAUAUUCAUCUAUCUAUCUAUCUAUCUAUCUAUCUAUCUAUCUAUCUGUUCAUUAUCUCUCUGUCUAUUAAUUAUCUAUCUAUCUAUCUAUCUAUCUAUCUAUCUAUCUAUCUAUCUAUCUAUCUAUCUAUCUAUCUAUGUAUCUAUUAUCUAUCUAUGUAUGUAUAUAUAAAAAUCUAUCUAUAUCUAUCUAUCUAUCUAUCUAUGUCUGCUCAAAUGUAUGCAUCUAUCUAUCAGGAAGAGCACUUUCUGCUAAAUACCGCACAUUUAAUCUAUCUAUCUAUCUAUCUAUCUAUCUAUCUAUCUAUCUAUCUAUCUAUCCUCUCCGUCGAUUUUGACAAUAUUUUGCUUUCUAGAAGAUUCGCCCCAACAAAGGUUCUGUUGACAAAAACAGAUGUUGCUGCUGGUGCCCUUUACAUCCGAUGGGGACGUACAACAUGUCCAGCUAAUUUGUCCAAAGUUGUUUACCAUGGUGAGUAUUAUCUAUGCCAGAAAGACUUCAAUAACACAAUUACCUAA